UGGGUUUUCUUUUUAACGCUUUGAUACUGUGAAUGUGAAAGAGAAGAAAGCUUUUUCCUUGGGUUUUGUGUUUUGAUUAUGGUUUUUCCAUGACAUCUUUUUGACUUCUCUUUUAGUUUUUUUUAUAAUAAAAUAUAUCGUUGAUGUCCUUUUCAAGCAAUUGGUCAAACAUGCAGUUACAAAGAUUAGGGUUUUUCAUAUUUAUCAGUCUUUCCAUGGCGUUUUCAGGGAUUUUUCCAGUCUGGGUUUAGGCAAAAGGAUUUGGUUUUUCUUUUUUCUUUAUCCCCUAAAAGGUGUGACCUUUUUUUCCCUUUAAUAAACCCUGAGAAUAGUGUGUUGAGUGAGUCUUGCAUGGGCGUUGACAAUAGAACAGCUUUUCUUCAUUCUAAAAGAAUGGCUAGUCAUGGUGAGCUGAGGCUGAUUGGAGAAAACUAUGAUCCUGGUUUUAUUGGGAUGAUGAAGGAAGAUGAUGGUUAUGGGAGUAGUGAUGAUUUUGAAGGUGCGUUAGGUAAUGAUCAAGAUACUGCUGAUAAUGGAAGACCACCUAAGAAGAAGAAGAAAUUCCAUAGGCACAAUCCACAUCAAAUACAUGAGCUUGAAUCUUUCUUCAAAGAGUGUCCUCACCCGGAUGAAAAACAAAGAAGGGAACUUAGUAGGAGGCUAGCCCUAGAGAGCAAGCAAAUAAAAUUUUGGUUUCAAAACAGGAGAACCCAAAUGAAGACUCAAUUGGAGCGCCAUGAAAAUGUAUUUCUUAAACAAGAAAACGACAAGCUUCGAGCCGAGAAUGAUUUGUUGAGGCAGGCCAUAGCUAGUGCCAUAUGCAACAAUUGUGGGGUUCCCGCAGUGCCUGAUGAAAUCUCUUAUGAGCCUAGCCAGCUUAUGAUCGAAAAUUCUCGAUUAAAAGACGAACUGAACCGGGCACGUGCUUUAACAAACAAGUUCUUGGGCAGGCAUUUGUCCUCCUCCUCCGCCAACCCUAGUCCUUCUCCUUCUCAGGGCUUAAAUUCCAAUGUGGAGGUUGUAGUAAGAAGAACUGGUUUUUGUGGAUUGAACAAUGGAAGCACUUCUUUGCCUAUGGGAUUUGAGUUUGGUCAUGGGGCUACGAUGCCAUUAAUGAACCCUUCUUUUGCGUAUGAAAUGCCAUAUGACAAGUCAGCCUUGGUGGAUGUUGCAUUAGCAGCUAUGGAUGAAUUAAUUAAGAUGGCACAGAUGGGUAAUCCCCUUUGGAUCAAAGGCUUUGGUGAUGGGAUGGAAACCUUAAAUCUAGAGGAGUAUAAGAGGACUUUCUCCUCUUUCAUUGGCAUGAAACCAAGUGGAUUCACAACUGAGGCUACUAGGGAAACUGCCAUGGUUCCCCUUCGCGGCUUGGCCCUCGUUGAUACACUAAUGGAUGCGAAUCGUUGGGCAGAAAUGUUUCCCUGCAUGAUUUCAAGAGCAGUAACAAUUGAUGUGCUAUCAAGUGGUAAAGGUGUAACCAGAGACAAUGCAUUGCAAUUGAUGGAAGCUGAAUUUCAGGUUCUUUCACCUUUGGUUCCUAUUCGUCAAAUUCAAUUCAUCCGGUUCUGCAAGCAGCAUUCCGACAGUGUGUGGGCCAUCGUUGAUGUUUCUAUUAAUCUGAGCAAUGCUGCAAAUGCACUGAUGUUUGUAAAUUGCAGGAGGCUUCCUUCUGGAUGUGUUAUCCAAGAUAUGGACAACAAGUACUCCAAGGUUACAUGGGUUGAACACUCGGAAUAUGAUGAAAGCACAGUCCACCAUCUCUUGCGCCCCUUACUCAGUUCUGGUUUUGGCUUUGGUGCACAAAGGUGGAUUGCCACUCUCCGAAGACAGUACAGCAGCUUGGCACAACUAAUGUCCCCUGACAUCCAUGGUGAAGACAUUAAUACAGUGGGGAAGAAAAGCAUGUUAAAGCUUGCACAGCGCAUGGCAUACAACUUCAGUGCUGGAAUUGGUGCUUCAAGUGUGAAUAAAUGGGACAACCUUAAUGUUGGUAAUGUGGGUGAAGAUGUAAGGGUGAUGACUCGGAAGAAUGUAAAUGAUCCUGGUGAGCCUCUAGGGAUUGUUUUGAGUGCUGCUACUUCUGUUUGGAUGCCGAUAACACAGCAAACGCUGUUUGGUUUCUUGAGGAACGAACGGAUGCGUAAUCAAUGGGACAUUUUGUCUAGUGGUAGACCAAUGCAGGCGAUGUUCAGUGUGGCCAAGGGUCCAGGACAAGGCAACUGUGUCUCUAUCCUUCGUGGUGCUGCAGUUAACGGCAGUGACACCAACAUGCUAAUUUUACAAGAAACAUGGAGCGAUGCUUGUGGUGCAUUGAUAGUGUAUGCACCUGUUGACGCCUCAUCAAUCAGAGUGGUGAUGAAUGGUGGUGAUUCAUCGCAUGUGGCACUGUUACCAUCAGGAUUUGCAAUUCUUCCUGGCGUCCAAACUGAUGGACCUUCAAUGCAACCUGACAUCGAUGAGAAUACUAGUGAUGGAUGCAUACUUACAGUGGGGUUUCAGAUUUUGGUGAACAGCGUUCCGACUGCCAAGCUAACAGUGGAAUCUGUUGAAACUGUUAACCAUCUCCUAACCUGCACAGUUGAGAAAAUCAAAGCUGCCCUUUCGGUAACACAGCUGGGAUCUGUUGAGUAAAAGUCGCAGCUAAAAGUUUAUUAAAUAAGUACAGAAUGGAAAGAAAAUGGAGGGGUUUCAAGUCAAGAACGAACCGGUUGUGGAGAAGCAAUGCUUCAUAUUCAUGCUUGGUUUUGGGCGUUCGGGGAUUAUUAUUCUGGUUCGGGCAUUGACUUGGUGGACCUGUGAGAUUCUCAGCUCUUCAUUUCUCAGUUGGCGAACUUUUUUUUGUUUGUUUGUUUAAUUUAGUCAGUCAUGUUUAAAAGACAAAAUAUAGAUACAGCAAGCCUCGUCUUUUUACUUGUUCUUAAACAUAAAGUUACCAUUAAAGUUUGUAUUAUUUACAUGCUUACACAA